AUGGUGUUGACUCGUUCUCAGCAAAAGUCGCAGGGCUCCAGGCCUAAGAGUCACCGUGAGCCACAAGUGGGUGACAAGAGAUCCCACAGUAAAGCAUUAGAAACGAAGGCUACUGGGCAGGACGAGCAGCAGAAAAAGACCGAACACAAAUCUCAAAAGAAGACGGCCACCAAAAUCAGUGGUGACAGCUCAAAACUAGAUGGCAACCAGAAGAUGCCCAGAGGAGUAAAGCAGAUAAUCGAGAAACUAAUUCAGGAGUAUGGUGAUCUUCCACUCCAUGACACCAUCCUCGAGCAGCCAGACAAGGCCAUGCCGGAAACAGUCCUAGCACUGUUGUUGAACGCUAUAUUAUCCGCCACCAGAAUCUCUCAUCACUUAGCGUCCAAGACCACAGAUCUAGUGAUCAAGGCCGAGUACCAUAAAAUUCAUGUCUUGAAGAAGAGUACGUGGGAAGACAGGACCGACGUGCUUACUGAGGGUGGGUACACACACUAUAGGGAAAGGACAGCAGCUAUGAUGGGAGAGCUAGCCGAUACGAUUGAAGAGGAGUAUGACGGUGACCUUAAUACCAUUCUCCAACGUACCUCAGAAGAUCCCAAGCAGAUCCGUUCGCAACUCAAAACCAUCAAAGGCGUUGGCGAUGUGGGGGUGGACAUCUUCUUCGAUACAGCGCAGCAUGUGUGGCCCUGCCUGGCACCGUUUGUUGAUCCGAGGAGCUUGAAAACGGCCGAAAAUAUUGGUCUAGGAAAUGACGUGCAAGUUUUAUGGGAAGAGGUGGGCAGAAAGCCCGAGUUGAUGUGCAGGUUGGCGUGUGCUCUGAUGAGAGUGAGGCUAGAGAGAAGGGAAGCCGAGUUCAGGAUCUAG